AGACCUAAUUCUUACUCUGAAACUUGCAAGAAGUGUUACAACACGUACAAAGCGUUUUGCAGUCGGGGGGGAAGAAAAAGUAUUAUUUCUUAGAGGAUCAGGAGCUCUAUCUAAUGUGCAAAGAUUUUGUUUGUCAGCAGAGUUUAGGAGGACACGCAUCGGCGCAUCAAAAUGCCGCAGCAGAAGGACAUCGUGAAGAUCGCUAUACAGAUGCCAGGGGCGUAUCCUCAGCUCAUUCAGCUGGAUCAGAAAAAGCCCCUUACUGCAGUGAUAAAGGAAGUGUGUGACAAAUGGAAUCUCCCUGGACCAGAGAACUACGCUCUUCAGUAUGCAGACGGAGCUCAUACCUACAUCACCGAGUCGAAUCGUUUGGACAUUAAGAACGGCAGCAUUCUUCGGCUGACCAAGGCUCCGGGCCGGUGUGCAGACGACCUUUUUAAGGGCGUCCAGAGUUCAGACCCAGAUGUGCGCUGUGAGUCCCUGAAGCAGCUGGCCGUCAUCGCCACAGACAUCACCUUCGCUCAGGAGUUCAUCAGCCGAGAUGGACACUCGCUCCUCGUCCACAUCGUGGAGGACGCUAACGAGGCUCCUCUGAUUAUGACACACACACUCACAGCCUUCAUGGAGCUAAUGGACCAUGGGAUCGUCUCCUGGGAGAACCUUUCCAGUGUUUUCAUCAAGAAGAUUGCGGGUUUUGUGAACGCCAAGGUGAUGGACACCUCCAUCCAGCAGGUGUCCCUGGACAUCCUGGAGAGCAUGGUUCUAAGCAGCAGUAGCCUGUUCCACCAGAUCAGAGAGGAGAUCACACUGGAGAGGCUGAUCUCUCAUCUGCAGGUGUCUAACCAGCAACUUCAGACUAAAGCUAUGGCUCUCCUGAUGGCUCUGCUGCUGACCGCUGGAGAUGCAGAUCGGCAGGAUCUGUUUGCUUUCCUUGAAAAGAAGAAUCUUCGCCAGUAUAUUCACAAGAACAUAAUCCACAGCUCCGGUCCUAUUGGAGAUGAAAUGGCUCACUAUCUGUACGUGCUGCAGUCGGUGUGUCUGAACCACCUGGACACGAGAAUGAGAACGCCUCUGGACUCCUUUAGUCAGGAACAGAGGGAGGCUCUACACAGUCUGCGUCAGGCCGUGUUCGAGACGGAAAGCGACGGCAGCCUGAGUAACGAGCGUCGGCGUUCUCUGUGUGCUAAAGAGUUCAAGAAGCUGGGAUUCUCAAACAACAGUAACCCAGGUCAGGACCUGAGCCGGACUCCUCCCGGGCUUCUCGCUCUGGACACAAUGACCUACUUCGCCUCACGUUAUCCGGACGCCUACAGCAGGUUUGUUUUGGAGAACAGCAGCCGCGAGGAUAAACACGAGUGUCCGUUCGCCCGCAGCAGCAUCCAGCUAACACUCCUGCUGUGUGAGAUCCUGCGCAUCGGAGAACCACCAUCAGAAACAGGCUCGAACUAUCACCCCAUCUUCUUCGCCCAGGACCGGCUGCUAGAGGAACUUUUCUGCAUCUGUAUUCAGCUCCUGAACAAAACCUGGAAGGAGAUGAGAGCCACGCAGGAGGACUUCGAUAAGGUCAUGCAGGUGGUACGAGAGCAGAUCACGAGGACCCUGUCCAGUAAACCCACCUCACUGGAGCUCUUUAAGAACAAAGUGAACGCGUUAAACUACAGUGAGAUCCUCAAACUGCGCCAGACAGAGAGACUGCACCAGGAGGAGACGCUCGCACCGCCUGUGCUAGAGCUGAAAGAGCGUCUGAAGCCAGAGUUAUUGGAGCUGAUCAGGCAGCAGAGACUCAACCGUCUGUGUCACGGCACUCUGUUCCGCAAAAUCAGCAGCCGCCGGAGACAAGAUAAACUGUGGUACUGUCGUCUAUCCCCCAACCACAAAGUCCUGCACUACGGAGACGUGGAGGAGGAGACGGAGAUGCCGUCCAUAGAGAGUCUGCAGGAGAAGAUUCCUGUAGCGGACAUUAAAGCUCUUCUGACUGGUAAAGACUGUCCUCACAUGAAAGAUAACAAGGGCAAGCAAACAAAGGAGUUGUUGGAUCUGGCCUUCAGUAUUACGUAUGAUGUUGAGGAGUACAGCUUGAAUUUCAUCGCCUCCUCCAGAACAGAUUAUUGCUUGUGGACAGAUGGGCUGAGUGUUCUCUUAGGGAAGGACAUGAGCAGCGAGUCCAUGCGUAGUGAACUGGAGAUCCUCCUCUCCAUGGAGAUCAAGCUCCGCCUCCUGGACCUGGAGAACGUCCCCAUUCCCGACUCGGCUCCGCCUGUCCCCAAACCUCCCAGCAACUUCAACUUCUGCUACGACUUCAGCCAGGCGGAGCACUAAGGCCAGGUCGAUGAGGCGUGACGUCCUGCGAGAACAGAGGGAGAUAAUGAUGCGAUAUAGGAGCCGAGGGGCAGCUGAGGGGCAGCGGGUGUGAGGACCGGGGUUUGGUAGGACACUACCAAGCAGACAAACCCACAGAGGGAUGACAAUGACUGUCGGCUGAAGAGGUUCUGAAAGUGUUCUAAUGAGACAUGAUUUCUAUGUUCAACACAUUUCAAGGGUGUGUUUUAUAUAUAUAUAUAAUCUAAAUUUUAAAAAAAAAUUUUUUUUUAUACCUUUUCCUAAUGGUACUGCACUCCUUAAUUAAUUCACCAAAACUCUGUCUUUGACUUUGUCUUACUGCCUUAAUCCGCCUUAAACCUGGACUGCAGGAAGGUACUCGAACGCCCUGUUUGUGCCACAAAGACACAAAUUAACACACAUAAUCCAGGUUCAUCAGACCCUGAUCUGUCAGUCAGAUCCGAUCUACUUCGCCGUGUUCGGUAAAAUCCUGUUGUUUACGUAACGAGGUGCCUUGUCCAAAGUUGCAUUUCAAUUUUAAAGGGCUUCAGAAUCACACAACUUGUCAGUCAUUGCUUAAAGCUGCUGCUUGUAACCAUCAAACAUGGUGCUAGACCUUAAACCUUAGAAAAAUUCUUCUUCACAACAUCGCUAUGCAGCGGAUACGGCUAGUUUUUUUUUUGGUUUUCUGUUUACAUAUUUCCGGCCCUGAAAUUAGCUCCGCCCCCAACCUCAAGAAAGCUGCUUAGGGUUUAUUAUUCUUUUAUUAUUAUUAUUAUUAUUUUUUUUUUUUUUUUUUUACAUUUCUUCAGCUCACAAUUUUCUUUGCUUGAAAGGCAAAUUACUUAUGGUUUAACAGAGCAGGGGUAUGAAUCAGGCGUCAGUCUGGCGUUAAUGCUUUGCAGUUCAUCUCGCAGGCAGCAGAGGGCGCAUCAACUUUACAAACUACCAGCAUUAAUGUUUCAGGGAAGAUCUCUCCAUCUCGAACAGAGCUUAAAUAAGUGUUUCUUUAAACACCAAGCAAUAUACGAAAAAAAAUAAAAUAAAAUUGUGAAUUACCUGAUGGUAGUCAAUAUGCAAUAUUUUACACUGAUGAGGCACUGAAAUGGUUUUAAUUAUUAUUUUUUUUAUCCUACAAAAUAUAACAAUAUUGUGUAAUUAUUGUGUGAGGAGCUAAUACUCUGGUACAAGACUUUUAUACUGACAGCUGGCACGGACAGAAAAUUGUGUUUUUUUUAAUGUAAAUGGUACGUCAUGGGGUACUUGGCACAUAAUAAUAAUAAUAAUAAUAAUAAUUGUGCAUUUUGUAAUAUGUGUAAAAAUGGUCUGCAAUCAUAAUAGCGAUCACAAAUCAUUAUUUUUUUGGACAAUAUCAUGUCAUAAAGGCUCGGUGCUCGACACUAACAGCUUUACCGAUAUGUUAAAAACAAAUAAUGUGCAGCAAAAUCAAAUCUUUACAUGUUCUGUAAAUACUUUAACAUGAAGACGCUUCCGAUAGUAAUGAGAGGCAUUCUAAAAUACUAAAAGAUGAUCGUGGAGUAAUAAUAAUAAUAAUAAUAAUAAUAAAUACAUCAGGUUAUGAAAUCUUCCUUUUAUCUUCUACAUAUUGAUUUUUUGAAAUACGCACAUAAGUAUUAAUACAGAAAAUCAUCUGAAAUUAAAUUCACAUCAAUAAAAAUUUAAUUUUUAAUUAAUUGAAUUUAAUUAAUUAAUUUGUUAAUUAAGGACAGGUGGAGACAUCAAUGAAAGAUUUGAGGAAUAUAUUCAAGCAAUUCUUUAGUGUAAUUAAGCUGCUUUCACACUUUGGUGGGGUUUCUCUCUCUCUCUCUCUCUCACACGCACACACACACACACACACACGCACACACGCGCGCACACACACACACACACACACAACUAUCAAGUGCAAUACAAUCUGUUCCCAGAAAAAUCUAUAAAGUUAAAACAUUUACUUUUUACAUGCGUUUCAUAAUUCACGGCGCAAUGAUGGAAAAAUCGUUAAGUCUCGUUAGCCGAAAAAUAUAAGGAGCUUAUGAAAUGUGUUCAUAGUGAUGCUUCAGUCAGGGUUUUAAUGCAGCGUAACCAGACGUCAUUAUUUUGUUUGUUUUGGGAUGUUUCAUUGUGAGAGAAACCCGUCAGUGUGAUGGCAGCUUUGCUUUCUGUAAGAAAUAUUUCGAUGACGUGGGAAAAUGAUUCACAUUCACCGCACAAUCCAAACGUAUUCUGUUGUAUUGUAUCAGAUCCUGUGGUAUUAUCCAAUAUCAGAUUGAUGUGUUUUUGCAUAUCGUAUGAUCUCGUAAUCGUGUGGAAGACUGAGGUUUACAGCUCUAAUAUACUGCCACUUUUAUUUAUUUUUAUACUUUCAAAUUUGUACAUCAUUGAAAAUAAUAAUCCCCUGGUACAGUAUGAUUUUGGCUUUUUAUUUUUUAUUUUGCUAUUUACUAAAGAAUUAACGGCAGUAAAAAACAAAGAAACAGUGACGCUCUUAGUGCAAAUCAUCUGUGGCUCAGAUUUCAUUCAUUAAACAAGACAACAAUAAAUCACUCGUGUUUGGACAACUCACCGUACUGUAAAUAUCUGUUCUCGUUAAACAAACACAAAUAGAAGGUCCUGUGUUAUUGUUUUUUUGUUUUUGUUUUUUUACAUAUUAUACUGUAAAACCUGAAAACGAUGGAUAUUUUUUUGUAUAAAAUUCUUAAUCAUUAAAAUAUAGAAACAUC